AUGCCGAGGGCGAAACUGGAGCCCACCAUCGCCAUCUGCCACAGCGCCCCGAUCAGCGCGCGCCGGGAGGACCGGCAGGAGCAGCGGCAGCCGAUCCUGGCGCCAUUCCGGGAGAUGCGGGGAGCGAAGCUGGAGCCCACCAUCAUCUCCGUCUGCUACAGCGCCUUGUUUAGCGCGCGCGAGAAGGACAGGCACGGGCAGCAGCAACCAGCCCCGGCGCUGCCCCGAGAGAUGUCGGAAGCGAAGCCGGCGCCCGCCAUCGCUCAGUCCAGCACCCCGACCAACGCGCGCGAGAAGGGCGGGGAGGGGCAGGGGCGGCUGGCCCUGGCGCGUCUCAACGAGGCGCUGGGAGCGAAGCUGGAGCCCCCAUCAUCGGCAACAUCGCCAGCUGCAACACGCUGA